AUGGCAGCCGAUUAUCUUGCUGGGAUUCGCAUUCUGAGUGUUGUACUGAAUUCUUCAGCUCUAGCAAAGGAAGGCCUUCGAGAUCAAGAUGCUAAAUUUGCUGAUCGCGACGGACCUGUCGUGGGGAUGGUUUUAUCCUAUGGUGGUAUUGACAUGGUAUGGAGUGCUAGUGACGCUGAAUGGCGAAAACUUCGAAAGAUAUGUGCCCAUGAACUGAUGAGUAACACAAAUCUUGAUUCUUGUUACAGUCUUCGUAGAAAUGAGGUUCGAAAGAUGGUGAAAGAUUUGUACAGUAAGAUAGAAACUCCGGUUGACGUCUACGGAGCAGUGUUUACGACGAACCUUAAUGUGAUAAUGAGUAUUCUAUGGGGUGGCACACUGGUUGGGGCCGAGAAGACAAGUGUUAAUGCGGAGUUCAGGCAACUAUUUCAUGAGAUUGUUGAGCUGAGUGCCGAGCCUAAUGUUUCAGAUUUUUUCCCGUUUCUUGAAUGGUUUGACAUACAAGGUAUUGACAAAAAAGCAAAGGCGCUAUUAGCAUGGAUGGACCGAAUCUUUGCUUCAAUAAUCGAUCAGCACAUGAAAAUGGAAAGAACCGAGGAGCAGCAGCACAAAGAAAGCAAGGACUUUCUACAAUUUCUUUUGGAGCUCAUGGAGAAACAGGAUCCUAAAACACAAAUUACCAUGGCCCAGAUGAAGGCGUUGUUCAUGGAUAUUGCCGUUGGGGGGACAGACACAACAUCGGCGACAGUGGAAUGGGUGAUAUCUGAAAUGAUACAGAAUCCAGACAUGAUGAAGAAAGCUCAAGAAGAGUUAGAACAAGUGGUCGGGAAGAACAACAUAGUGGAAGAAUCUCAUAUUUCCAAGUUGCCUUACUUGGAUGCAGUAGUAAGAGAAACCCUUCGAUUACACCCGCCAGGUGCAAUGUUGGUUAGGCGCUGCCCCGAUUCACCUUGCACAAUUGGUGGGUACACUAUUCCCAAAGGUGCUAAAGUGAUUUUCAAUACAUGGGGAAUGCAUAUGGAUGCAGACGCUUGGAGCAAUCCGUCAGAGUUUCUACCUGAGAGGUUCUUGGCUAGUACUCCUGAUAAUAUGAAGAAAUAUGAUUACAGAGGAAAUAACUUCAGCUAUCUUCCAUUUGGGUCUGGGAGGAGGGUCUGUGUUGGGAUUUCUCUUGCAGAAAGAAUGGUAACGUACCUAUCAGCUACGCUAUUGCAUUCGUUCGAGUGGCGGUUACCUGAAGGUACGAAACCCGAUCUCACAGGGAAGUUUGGUAUCGUUUCGAGGAAGGCGAUACCACUUGUGGCUGUACCUACUCCUAGAUUUUCAAAUCCUGAAUUUUACGAGUAA